UCAUAGUAGUUGUCAUUUUUUCUGUCAAAAUUGCGCGAUUUAUCAUGGGUUUAUUGAUGAAAUAAACACGAAAUUAGUGUUUAUUGUGUAAAAAUAAAUACGGCUAUAAAAUAUCAAUAAUCGCUGCUAUUUCAAGAGAUAAUAUAAGCGUGUUUUUUAUACCUCCAAAGAGUGCUACUGUAUAUCAUUUAAUUACCAAACAAAUUAUUCGUUUGAUACCCGUAAAUAUUUAUCACCGCCUACAAUCAUGCAUGAAGCUUACGAAGUAUCACAUUUGCUCACUGUUAGUAUGCAAAUAGAAGCAAUCGCUGCCUACGAUGAUCAUUUGCUAUUGGGCACGAGACAGGGUCAUUUGCUUAUGUAUUCUGUAACCCUGAGCAAUGGAGAACAGAAGUAUGAUGUACAAUUGCUUCGACUGCAGAAAAACUUCAGUAAAAAGCCAAUACAACAGAUAGAAGUUAUACCAGAAAAGAAUUUGCUGUUGUGUCUUACAGACAACCAAUUAUCAACUUAUGACUUGAAUGGUAUCAAUUAUCCACUGGUCACAACCUUCCCACAAACUAAAGGUGCUUCACUUUUUGCCUUAGACAACACGAGCACUACUUCAAUGACAGGAGAGUCAAACUCCAUAGUUCGUCUAUGUGUGGCUGUACGGAGGAAGUUGCAGCUCUAUUAUGGAAAGAACGGAGAAUUCAAGCAACACUUAUUUGAGUUCACAAUACCUGACGUGCCAAAAGUCAUGGCGUGGGGUCAAGAGUAUUUAUGUGUCGGGUUCAAGACUGAAUACACACUUUAUGAUCUUUCUUCGGGCAAUCCAAAGGAGCUGUUUCCUAUAAGCAGUUCAAAGUCAGUAGAACCAACUAUAACCAAACAUUCGGAGACUUGUUUCGUGCUUGGGAGGGACAACACAUCCGUCCUAGUGGAGGAGGCCAAAGAUAUUACCAUCAAGAAGACUAUCAAGUGGAAAGAUGCCCCUAUUGCUAUUGUUUGGGAUGAACCAUACAUGCUGGGUCUACUUCAAGACCAGGUGAUUGUUCAAACUGUGGAACCAGCACUCUUCAUACAGACUUUACUUGAACUGAAUAAAGCGAGACUGAUGUAUAGAUGUAAACGUGGUUUAAUAUUCGUGGCGUCGAUGGGCCAAGUGUGGUGUCUCAGCGCAGUCGACAUAGCGAAACAAAGACAGAAACUAUUGCAGGAUAAACAGUUUCAAAUAGCUGUAGAUUUGAUGACUCUAUCGGACUGUUCACCAGAAGAAAAGAAACAGAAGAUACAUUCCAUACAACUGCUGUACGCCAACGAGUUAUUCGCUACCAAAGAGUUCUCUUUAUCCAUGAAGGAGUUUCAGAAGCUGAACACAGAUCCGUCUGUGGUCAUUGCCCUCUUUCCCGAGCUAGAAAACAAGCCAGGGUCAGAUCCUACGAAGAAGAAACUUAAAGGGAAGGACCUUGAAAAUGCUCUGAAUGCUUUGAUAGAGUAUUUGGUGGAGCUGAGGCUAAAGAUCGGUCAGGGUCAAUACCCUGAGGCUGGAAGCAGUAACGAUGAAGCUGGUAGCCAAAGAAAUGUUCAACAGCAGCUAGAGCUGAUUGAUACGACGUUGCUGAAGUGCUAUUUGCAGACAAAUGAUGCAUUCGUCGCGCCACUUCUACGACUGAACAACUGUCGCUUAGACGAAGCUGAGAAGACACUACUACAGCACGGGAAGCACAGUGAACUGAUCAUAUUGUACCAAACAAAGGGGCAGCACACUAAAGCACUUCAAUUGCUUAGAGAACAGGCCAAACAGCCAGACUCGAGUCUCAAAGGAUACCAUACAACGAAGAACUAUUUGCAACAUCUUGGUGCUGAACACAUAAAUCUAAUAUUCAAAUUCUCCGAUUGGAUAUUGAAGGAGCAUCCUGAGGAAGGCCUCAAGAUAUUCACCGAAGACAUUUCUGAAGUAGAGAACCUACCCCGUCCAAAGAUAUUAGACUUCCUCCUAAGAGAACAUGAGCCUCUAGUAAUACCUUACCUGGAACAUGUAAUUCAUACGUGGAAUGAAACGAAUCCGCUAUUCCAUGACGCUUUGAUAACGUGUUAUAGAGAAAAGAUCACACUUAAGAGAGGAACUAUCACAGAAGAAGAAUUGCAUCAUUUGAAGGCGAAGUUAAUAGCGUUUUUAGAAAAAUCUACUCUUUAUACUCCAGAACGAGUUAUAUUACACUUUCCGAAUGACAGCCUGUUUGAAGAAAGAGCGAUUAUAUUGGGAAAGCUUGGGAGACAUGAACAGGCUUUAGCUAUCUAUGUGCAGAUUCUAGGUGACGUCGACAGAGCAAUAAGGUACUGUGAAAACGUCAGUCAAAUUCCCGACGAAAAGAACCAAGACGUAUACGUUAUUCUGAUGCGGAUACUAAUGAACCCCGACCAGAGUUCCCUGCCCGGUCCACUAGCUAACGUACCGAGACACCCCAAGACGGCAAUUCUAGAUUUGGAGACAGCUCUCAGUAUACUGGAGAGGUAUGCUGAUAAAAUUUCGCCGAUGAAGGCAUUGACGGUGCUACCAGACUCAGUGCCCCUCGGAAGAUUGAAACAUUUCCUGGAGAGCGCACUCGACAGCCAGCUGACUCUCAAGCGGCGCACGCAGAUCCUUAAGGGAUUGUUGUACGCUGAACAUUUACAGGUACAAGAACUGAAACAGUUCCACGAAUCAAAGAGCGUGGUGAUAAACGACUACAACGUGUGUCCAGUGUGCAAGAAACGCUUCGGCAACCAGAGCGCAUUCGUGCGGUACCCCAACGGCGAUAUCGUCCAUUAUUCUUGUAGAUUCGACAAGAUCUAGAACCUUCUAGAUAGUUCUAGAAAAAUCUAGAAUUGUAGUGCAUUAUAUACGUAGUUUUUCACGCAUAUAAUUUCGAUCUUUAGAAACUCCCCUAGAACAUCAUAGAAGCUUCUAGAAUUCGAGUAAGUUGUGUAUGUAAUUGGUUUCUUAGCUCGGGCUAGCUAGAACGAUAAUUCCUGUAGAUACAUCCUAAAUUGAUUGUAAGUUAUACCUGAUAUUUUCUUAUCCGCCGUAAAGGAAAGGGGCGGAUGAUUGAUAGCUGUUAAUUUUAAAAUUAUUAUAGAAUUAAUGACCCGGGAAAAUCAAAUAAUUGUCAACUUAUUUCGGUCGAGUUAUUGGUUAAUGUAAAAUUUUGAGAGGGUUCUUUAAGAUUUCUGCCUAAAAUUGACGUGUGAUAAAUUUUAAGCCCGUCGAUUACCUGUCCCAUUCCUUUUCGGCGGAGAAGAAAAUGCCAAGUAUAACCUAAUAUAAAAUUAGAUGCUGUCUGCAGGAAUCGGCACCAAUGUAUUAUAAUUUAUUUAUUAAUAUUAUAAUUUUGGUAGUAGCUUCUCUUUGGUAAGAAAUUUGUGUAAUUGUAGGUUUGCCGCUUAUGGCUACUUGGCCGAGCAAACGGGAAGCCCUGAGGGCCCUUAUUCGGCCCAAAGGGGCAGAAGGUGCUCAGUUGGGCAGGAACCUCUGCUCAAGGCAUCGUUUGAGAGGUUUAUAUUCGAAAGAAUUAAUCUAAUCUAGUGGGCCGAUAUGUGGGUAACUACCGACAAGAGCGUGGCUCUUAAAUUAAUGAUGACGAAUGGGUGUUAAACGCUGAAUGAGGGAAAUCGUCGAGCACACCGGCGGGAAGUGUUUGUUGUCGCGAGCUGAUUGGCCGCCGAAAUAUUGAAUAACUUAUAGGUAAAUAAGAAAAAAGAUCUUUGUUUUUUUGAACCAUCACUGUACAUGUAUAAAGGCUGUAUGUCAGAUUAGCUUGUAUGAUACCUCUAUACAUAGGGACAUUUUGUGUAGCUAAAUAUUUAGUUAUUGUAUGCUUGUAUUAAGUAUGUGUAGUCUAUCACAUGGUAUGACAAAACCAGGUAUGCUCAAUCCUAUGAAAAGCCGCCAUUGCUAGCUGUUUGAUGACGUGUUACAUGAGUGUUACCAUUAAAUUGAUAUCUCCAACAUUCCAAGGACGUAAAUUUUAUUAUUGAAAAUUAAGCGAAUUACCGACUAACGUACUUAAUUACUACUAAGUAUUUUUUUUACUAAAAGUUCAAAAUUGUCUUGCAAAGUAAAUUACAAACAUAUGUCGUGGGUAAUUUAUGUUUUUUCAAAAUGGCAACAGAGGGUGUUAGCAAAUGUUAGCUGUCACUUUUGAGCAUACCUGGUUUUGUUAUACCAUUGUCUGUUAUAUAUAGCUACUGUAUAAAGUUCCAUGCAAUAUUUUAAAUGUACUAUUUACUAAACAUAAAUGAAAUUAUAAUGUAUCUAUAACCAUGUAUAAAUCAAAUUAAGUACCUAAGUUAUGUAUUAUGUAGUAAAUUUUCUAUGGCAGAA